CCGCUCAUGUGGCAACACUACUUCUGAUCUGACUAUUUAAUCGCACGUGUUCAAGUUUUUUGAGUUGGAUUUGUUUAACUUGUUAUUGUGAUAUCAAAAUGGCCAAAAAGCCGGCACAGGUCGAGGGGGUCGAGCAUCCGUCGACAUCACAGCAAGCACAAACUAUAGAGAAGACCGCCGACAAUGGUAUUUGGAAAGAUGAGCGUUUUCAACACUUGUUGGCGGAUCCGCGCUUUAGAGGCGUCCCUAAGGUGCAGCGCAAAGUCAAGAUUGAUAAACGCUUCCAAGGCAUGUUUAAUGAUGAGAAGUUCAAAGUGAAGUACACAGUGGACAAAUAUGGUAGACCUGUCAAUAAAAGCAACGCGGAAGAUUUGCGAAAAUUCUAUGAGCUUGAUGGCAGCAGCGAAUCUGACGGCGAUGAUAAUUCUCAAGCUGGAAAGACUGAUGUAAAAGAAAGCAGCAGCGAGGACGAAGAGCAGCAGGAGCGCCGCCAGGAAGAGUUGGCCAUUGCACGCGAUGAGAAUGACAUACACAAAAGCGAUAUAGAAGACGUUGAUGAUGAUGAACCGACGACACUGCGGGAACGUUUAACCAACCCUGACAUUGACUAUGCACGCGGCGAGGGUUGCCUAGUGACAGACUCAUCGACUGGUGAGGAGAGUAGCGACGAAGAAGAUGCCGAUGGACCCGAGCUGCAAAUCGAUCAUGUGUGGGGCGAAUUGGACAAUGAUGCGGAAACCACUGAAGAGUCAACGCGACGAUUGGCCGUUUGCAACAUGGACUGGGAUCGCAUACGCGCACAGGAUUUGCUAGUUUUAUUUAGUUCUUUUCUUCCGCCUGGUGGCACAAUUCGAAGUGUUAAAAUAUAUCCCUCGGAGUACGGCAAGGCUCGUAUGGCCGAGGAAGAAGUACACGGCCCAACAGAGCUGGUGGGCCUGGGGAAGGAUACCUCAACCAAAGCACAGGAAAACAUCGGUGAGGAUUCGGACGAGGAGCUUGUGCAGGAGCAGGACAGUGAUGCCGAGGAGGGCGACGAUUACCACAUGGAGAAGCUUCGUCAGUAUCAGCUAAACCGAUUGCGUUACUAUUAUGCCGUUGUGGAAUGUGACAGUGUGGCGACCGCUGAUAAAGUGUACAAGGAGUGCGAUGGCAUUGAGUACGAGAGCUCGGCUACGCGUGUCGAUUUGCGCUUCAUACCCGACGAUACAACAUUCGAUAAUGAUACGCCACGAGACAUAUGCACGGAGCUGCCCGACGCGAAUAGCUACAAACCUAGACAGUUCACUACGACAGCCCUCCAGCAGGCCAAAGUCGAUCUGACCUGGGACGAAACUGCAAUGGAUCGGCGGGAGCUGGGUGACAAGCUAUCCAGUGGCAAGGUUGACCAGCUUAACGACAAGGAACUACGCCAGAUUGUUGCUUACAGCACAGAGGAAGAGUCUGAGGAGGAGGGGCCAGAUGCAAAGCCAGCGGCACAGUCCAAAACGCAACCGCUAAAGCAUGCUAAGCAGAAGGAGCGCAUUGAAAUGUAUAAAGGUUUGCUGGCCGAAAUCAAUGAACAGGAGGCUAAAUCCAAGGAACAAAAAUACGAGAUGGAAAUGUCGUGGAACAUCGAUGCACCCGAAAACAGCCAGCAGGGAUCUGAAGAUGAAAAUGAGGCAGAAGCAAGCAGUAAAUCACAGCUAACGCCCAUCGAAAAGGUGAUGCAGAAACGCAGUGAGAAGAAUAAGCUGCGUAAAGAGCAGCGUAGACGCAAGCAGCUCGAAGCACGUGGUGUUGAUCUCGCUGCGGCCAAUGAUAGCGACGACGACUCAAUACCCGACGGCAUUGACAUGAAUGAUGCGUACUUUGCUGAUGAAUUCGCCAAUGGUGACUAUGAGCCACCGAAGGCGGCAAAGAAAUUAAAGAACAAGAAGAACAAGCAUAGUCAAUUGAAUGAAGCCGAAGGGGACGAGGAAAGGCGACAGCAGCAGGAGUUAGCACUACUACUCGACGAUAGCGAUGAUCACGAAUCAGUGGCCGGCGCAAAGAAGCAGCACUUCAGUUUGACUAAAAUCCUGAAAACCGAGAACGAGAGCAACACAAAACGCAAACGACGCAAGCAGCUGAAGAAGGCCAAGGGAGGUGGUGUGGCCAGCAAGGAGCUGGACGAUAAUUUCCGUCUUAAUCUGGACGACUCACGUUUUACGGCUGUCUAUAAAUCACACGAAUACAACAUCGAUCCCACAGACUCCCACUUCAAGGGCACCAAGGGUAUGCAACAGAUCAUAGGCGAGAAGUUGAAGCGACGUCAAAAGCAAUUGGAAUGUGACGAAGUAUCGACGGCGCAGCUACCAAAGCGGUCCAAGCAGCAAUUGGAAAACAAUUUGCUGGUGAAUAGUUUGAAGCGCAAGAUCAAGCAGCAACAGAAGCUGUAGAGCAACAGCCGGAAGGAGUAUAUAAAUUUGUUUUUUUUUUAUUUUUAUUCUUGAUACGGAUUACAUUAGUAUACAAUAAAAAAAAAGGUACAUAAAAA